AGGCAGGUCAGUGGUGGGCUGGGCCGCAGGGCGAGUGGCUGCAGCCGGCUGGGACCAUCCCCGUGGGCAUCCCCAAGGAAAGAGGGGACGAGGGGACAGGGCUGUUCCCCACGCUGGGCUCUGGCCAUGCUCCAUCCACGGGCACUCCCAGCCCCAUCCUGCGGCCAGGGAGACGGGGGUCAGUGUCCCCACCAGCCCCUGUCACGGGGCUCGGCUGUGUUCUCCAGCCUCUCCCGCAGCCCCUCAGCUCUGCCCACGCUUGGUCUUUGCCAGAUCCCAGCUGGGAGCUGCCAGAAGAGGAGCAGAAGCAGGAAGACACCCAUGUCCUGCACAACCCCAGAGCAAAGGUACCCACAGCCAGCCCUGCUCUCGCUGCCCAGCCAAGCACCGCUGUUGGGCACUCGGUGUGGCAUCCUUCUCUUCCCUGCCGUUCCUAUUCCCGCAGCUGUUUUGGGAAACUGUCCACCCCAAAGACUGUGAAGGCUCCACUGUUGAGCUCGCUGAGGCCAUGACAGAAGGACAAUCCUACGACGCGGAGGCUGGUGCUGCUCUGCUGGAUAUGCUUGUGGAAAGCGAGGUCUCCACUUUGAAGCAGGUGCCCAGGAUUGUGCGGUGCAUCCACCAGUGGUUCAUGACCAACACGGACGAGUCAGUUGAGCACAGCCUGGACAACACCCUUGUGGAGCUCACCGACGCGCACCCCCAUGAUGUGGUGGUGGCCCUGCUGCGCUGUGCCCCAUCGUGCGACCGAGCCGCUGCAGCCAUGUGGAGGAUGAUGGUCACCACCAGCAUGACCACAAAGAAGGUGUUCCGGGAGCUGCUCUGCGUGCUGGAGGACUGGCCGCUGCACAGCACGUCCACCUGUGACGGGGACCAACAGGACGUCCUUGCCCUGGCUGCAACCAGGGCUCUGUGGGAGAUACUUCAAAUGCCCAGGUUCCCAAGAGGGCUGAAGGUGUAUUUCCCUCGCCUCCUCCUGGCUCUGCUCUUCCAAGUUGUGUACAGCACAGAGCAGAUGCCAGACGAGGUGGAUACUUUCUGGAGGGAAUGCCAGGAGGAAGGCGGCCUUCCCACCAGCCCCAGCAGGUUUAUAGUGCUGACUGUGAAAGCACUGCUCUGCCGUCUGGGCUACAGGCUUGUAGCCUUUGAAGUGGAACGUAAGCGUGGCUGGGACACGCUCCUCCACGCUGAGACCCACCACUGCGCAAUGGGGCUGCUGGCCAGAGAGAUCCGUGUUGUCUCAAGACACCUCAAUGCCUCUGUGGCGUCCUACCUGGUCGAGCUGCUCAGCAGGAAUGAGCCCCGCUGUGAGCUCCCUGCCAUGGCGUUCCUUGUGGAGAUCCUGGCCUCCCCUGGCCCAAAUGUAAGAGCUGAGAGCUUCCUGCAGCUUGUCCCAAGAUACCUGCAGAGCAACUGCAGCAUGACGCGUUCCCUGCUGCUCAAAGGCCUCAACGUGAUCUGCGACACACCGUGGAUGGUCCCAAAAAUGCGGUUCCUGGUGCAAAGACUCACGGAUCUACUGCAAGACGCAGAUAUGGAUAUGGUCAGGAUGACCCUGUCUGUGCUCAGGAAGGUGGUCCGUGACCCGAGCGUCCCAAUUUCCACCCCCAUCGCUCUGCAGCUGGCUGAGAGGCUCCAGCCACUCUUUGACAACGAGUCCUGGUAUGUGCGACAGCUCUCCGUCAGCAUCUUUAAAAAGGUGAUAGAGCGUGUAGCAAAUGAUGGAAAAAAGCUGCUGAAGACGCUUGUGCACCAGAGCCUGCUCCCCCUGAUCUUCCACGUGUUUGAUGAGAACAAGGCCGUGGCAGCGACCUGUAGGGAUACCCUGCUGCAAGCUACCGCUUUCCUGAAGAAGGAGAAGCUCAGGCAGGUGGUGUUAAGGGAUCAGCAGACAGAGGCGAUGGGCGAGUGCCUGCUGGUAGAGUGCCGCAGCAGAGCAGCAGAGUACCUGGGUCAGUCAUUGACGUACGUGCAGAGCCCACAGGACUCCAUACGAGAGGCAGCCGUCGCGUUCCUUGGUGAGGCACAACCCCCCAGGGUCCCUCCCAGCCGUGCUGCAGCUCAGCCCCAGCCCCGGGUGCUGCACGGGCAGCAGGAUUCGGCCCAGUGGCUCUGGAGCCGCCACUGCCCGAUGUGGGGUGCACGGGGCUCCCCGCCACCCUCUCCCUCCCCUGCCCUUGGGCAUCACGCUUGGGGCAGAGCCCGGGCUCAGCCCUGCCAGGGGCAGGGGCGCCUGUGGCCGGGCUGCUGUGGGGGAGCUGCGCUGCUGGGGCGAGCAGGAGCGGUGACGGGCUGUGUGUUUCCAGGGGUCCUUGGGCAGCACAUGAGGGCUCAGCCGGAGAAGUUCCAGCUCGUCUACGACGCCGUUCAACACGCGACAAAGGACAGCAGCCCCUACGUCCAACGCCAGGCACUUCACACUCUGCCCCUGCUCAGAGCUGCAGUGGCAAAUGGCUCCUCCAGAUCCAGGCUGCAGGAACUGCAGAGCCAACUCCGCCAGGCGUGGAGGAGGCGGCGGCCUUCUCUCUGGGGCAAUGGCUGGCUGUGCUGCUGGGGCUCUGCGCAGGACUGAUCCCAGCACCCCAAUAUGCUCUUCCCUGAAUAAACAGUUUAUUGAGUGUCUGAACCUGCAGAUCUCGAGUUACUGCUCUUCUGCCCUUCUGUUUCCAACCAGUGGGUCUUGCUUUGGCAUGG